UGGCAAUCUCUUAAACGAAUAAUGAUAGAGAACAAAGAAUAGGGGCAAACUAGUCAUUUAAGUGAAUUAUUGGUGGUAAAAAGAAUCGGACGCUAGGUUUUUUGUCUCGUAAACACACCAUUUUCUUCCUCCAUAGUCCAGUUUUUCUAAUCUUUCGGUGUAGCAGCUGCCAUUGCUGCACCGCUUACUGCUCUUUCGCUAAGAGAACAAAGAAUUAGCGAUGGUCAAGAAGAAAAAUCCCUUUGUUUUCUUGGAUGUGUCUAUUGAUGGAGAUCCAUGUGAAAGAAUGGUUUUUGAGCUUUUUUCUGAUUUGGUUCCAAAGACUGCCGAAAAUUUCCGUGCAUUAUGUACAGGAGAGAAGGGAAUUAGUCCUAGGCUAAGGAUUCCUUUGCACUACAAGGGUACCUUCUUCCAUCGAAUAGUGAAAGGUUUUGGAGCUCAGGGUGGUGAUCUUCUCAGACAAGAGGGUUCAGCUGGUGAAAGUAUAUAUGGUGACGCAUUUCCUGAUGAGCCCCCAAAGCUAAAGCAUGAUGAACCUGGUCUUUUAUCUAUGGCACUAGCUGAUCGUGACGUUUGUGGAUCUGUAUUCAAUAUUAUGUUCAAGGCUAAUCAAAACUUUGACAAAAAGAAUAUAGUGUUUGGGAAGCUUGUGCAUGGACAUGAGGUUUUGAAAAAAAUUGAGGAUGUUGGUGAUGAAGAUGGCAAACCAACGGUCACCAUUAAAGUUUGCAACUCCGGUGAAUUCAGUGAAAGUGACAAGAAGAAACUUGGUAAGAAGCUGGCAAAAGUGGCGAGUUUGGAUGCUCAUAGCAUUGAAACACGAAGAAAGGGAAAACAUAAGAAAUCUUCAAGGAAUAGAAGAAAGAGAAGAAGAAAAUACUAUACUUCUGAAUCAGACAGUUCUUCUGAAAGUGAUUUAGAUAGUAGUGAUCUUGAUACUGAUUCUGAAUCAGAUUCAUCUUCAUCAGAUGUUAGUUCCUCCAGUGAUGACAGGCGAAAGAAGAGAAAGAGGUCCUCUAAGCGAGACAAGUACAAACGUGGGAAGCGCAAAGAAAAGCGGCGUGAUAAGAAGCGGAGAAGGCAGGAUAAGCGUUCAAGACGGAAGUCUAGAAGGGCAUCCAAUAGCCUCAGUGAUAGUGAGAGCACAGGGGAUAGCUCUGAGGGCGAGGACAGUACAAAGAAUAUUGAUAAAAAGCGCAAGGGUGACCUGCUGAAAAACGCUGAGAACCAUUCUCCUAGGGUUGAUGCUGCUGCUGUUGUUAAUCACAAAAGAAGCGAAGAUUCUGAUAAGUUUGACGAUAAGGAACCCAGAUCUUCCAAGGAAAACGGAGAGCAGAAAACCAAUGGCUAUGAAAGAGAUGCAAUAUCUGGGAGGAGUGGAGACAGACAACCUGAUGUGGUAGAGGACCACCCUGGAAAAUCUAGUGCAAGUCCUAAAAGGGCUACUAGUAAGAGUAUGAGUAUCAGUCCCAGGAGUAUGAGCAGAAGCCGGAGUGCUACACCCCAAAGAAAAUUAAGCAGAAGUCCUAGUGUUGGUAAGAAUUCCCCGGUAGCUGUACAGAGAAGUCAAAGUAUUAGCAGAAGUCCUGUAAGGAGUGUCAGCAGGAGCCCAGCUAGAAGUCCGAGCAGGAGUCCACCAAGAACUCAUUCUCAACGAAAUUCUAGCUUAAGCCCUGUGCUAUCUCCACCUAGAAAAAGUCCUAGUGGGAGCUAUCCAGGAGGCUCAUCGCGAAGAUCAGCUGGUAGAAGCCCUGGGAGAGUCAGAAGGCGGAGCAGUCCAAGCCCGGUACAUUCUCGUAGAAGUCCUAACCCCGUAAGAUCUUCACAUAGAAGCUUAAGUAGAAGCUCUGGUCGUGCUCCAUCAAGAAGAGUUGCAAGUCGUAGUCCAGUUAGGUCUCCUAAGCGAAGCUAUCAUCGCAGCUACUCUAGAAGUCCUGGCCGUCGAAGCCCUCCUUCAAUUCACCGUAGGAGUGUUUCAAGAAGUGCCUCACCUGAUGGGUCACCCAAACGUAUACGAAGAGGUAGAGGUUUCAGUGAUAGGUUUUCUUAUGCUCGAAAAUACAGGACCCCCUCUCCUGACCGUUAUCGGCAUGGUGGUCGUGACAGAUAUCCCAGUUACAGGAGAUACUCUGACCGUUCUCCUAGGUACCGAAGCCCAAGAAGAUCUCCUAUAAGAUAUAGAAGAAGAAGAAGCAGGACAAGGAGUCCGAGUAUCUCACGAAGCCCUCCCUAUCGUCGCCGUCGUAUUACCAGGAGUCCUGUUCGUAGUCCCUCUAAUAGUCCUCCAUCCAGAUAUCGUGCAUCUCCUCGUGCUGAGAAGCGGUUGUCAUUGAGUCGAAGUCGAAGCAGGAGUGUGUCAGUCUCAGGUUCCUCCAGGGGUUCCCCAGCUCCAAAGGGAGCUAGCAAGGAUAAAUAUAGGUCGAGGACAUCUUCUGGCAGUCCGCCAGCGAAAAAAGGUUUAGUCUCGUACAGAGAUGGUUCCGCCGACAACAGCUCAAGGUAGAAAAGUAGAUGGAACCUGUGCAUUUAUUCCUGCUCUUUUUAUAGUUUCUGGUCGUAUGCACAUUGAUGUAGUUAGUCUCUUCGUAUGAGGUACUUUUGAACUAAAGUCAUUUCUGUAAUGGUCUUAAUCACCACAUUAUGCAUGACGUUGUUCUCUGUUUAAUUAGAAUUUUUCAAGACAUUGUUAGUUUAAAGUUUUGGGACUUUGAAAUUAA